AUGUCGACCGCACCACUCAGCUUGCUGUCAUCCGCAAACUUUGACUACAACUUCUUCCAGGGUAAAGUGGCAGUCAGCUCUUCCAGCCCCGUUGUCGCAGCUUCGUUACCACCCCCAUCCCAGGCCAGACAAACACCCAUCAGCGAGGGGGAGCUCUUCAAGCUUCCAGGCAGGCUGAGAAUCCAGCCCUCCCUGUGGAGCAAAGACGACGUGAUCCACUGGCUAAGAUGGGCUGAAAAAGAGUAUUCCCUUCGGCAAACCGACGAAAGCAAGUUUGAAAUGAACGGCAAAGCCCUGUGCAUCCUCACCAAGGAUGACUUCAGAUACCGAGCUCCGAGCUCAGGUGAUGUGUUAUAUGAAAUAUUCCAGUACAUUAAAACUCAAAGAAGAGCUCUGGCGUGCAGCCCUUUGCUGAACUCACCCUUCAGGGAAGCCAGGAGCACAGAGGAAGGGCUUUGGAAGAUCUCCUGGGACCUGCUUGCUGAGGCUGCCCCAGGCAGCUGCAGGGCAGGUGCCAUCUGCUCUUUUCCUAAAACCCUGUUGGCCCCAGUGGAUGGGAAAAUUGCAGACUGCAGGUUGCUGUGGGAUUAUGUGUACCAACUCCUCUCUGACAGCCGCUAUGAGCCUUACAUCAAGUGGGAAGACAAGGAAGCCAAGGUUUUCCGGAUCGUUAACCCCAAUGGACUUGCCCAGCUCUGGGGGAACCAUAAGAACCGCAUGAACAUGACAUAUGAGAAGAUGUCACGAGCGCUCAGACAUUACUACAAACUCAACAUCAUCAAAAAGGAGCCAGGGCAGAAGCUGUUGUUCAGGUUUUUGAAGACUCCUGGAGAGAUCAUCCAUGAGAAAUCCAGCAAACUGGAGCAGCUGGAGAAUGAGGACCAUGAGGAUUUGAAAGAAGACCCACUGGAGGUUUCACCGUAGGAAAUCUUUGAAGGUGGCACUUGCAGUGCAUUGCAGACAGGCUUGUGCUCAGGUGGGAAGUGCUGGCGUCUCUUGCAUCUCCCGGACA